GGAGAAUAACUCCUCUUUACUUGAAGUUGAGUUUAAUGAAGCAACCAUUCCAGUGUUGCAUGGCUACACGUUGAAUGGAUAUUCGAUUUUGGGAUAAGCUUCUUUAAAGGCAGUUUUCUUCGUGUCAGUUGUUAUUUUUAGAACUGACGGGAGCCCUUUAAGUUAGGCCUACUGCAAAAGAAAUGGAGAAAAUAGCCCCAAUAGUCUUUUGUGAUUAGUUAGUCGCACCACGUAGUGUCGCCAAAGUUAAUGUAGGUUACAACUAGCGUACAACUUAUUACUGCUACUUCUAAAAAGUGGAAGAUCACAGAAACGUAAAAAGAAGCGUUCUUUGAGAUAAUGGAUAUCGGUAUUGUUUUUGGGUCCGUUGGUGCGUUCAAACUUAUGAAUGCAGCGCUAAAUCGUCUGACAGUUCCUGCUGCUGCGCGCAGGAACACGUGGAGAUGGAGAAACAUAUUUACAUCAUUAAUUCAUAGUAUGUUGACGGGAGUUUGGGCUGUAUUUUGUUUCUAUCAGCAUCCUGAAAUGACAGAAGAUCUCAUAUCAACACACUCUGCCCUCUCUCAUACCCUAGUGUCAGUUUCUACAGGUUAUUUCAUCCAUGACUUCAUGGACAAUGUCCUCAACCAGAAGCUCAGUGCAGGCUGGGAAGUCCUAUGUCACCAUUUCGUGGUGGUCACAUGCUUCAGCAUUGCAGUUCUGACCCGUCAGUACGUUGGCUUCGCUGUAGUGGCCCUGCUAGUGGAGAUCAACUCGGUGUUCCUGCAUGGGCGACAGCUGGUGCGCAUGUCCGGCUGGGCUGCCUCUUCAGGCGCGCUGUGCCGCCUCAACAGCGUGCUUAACCUGGGCACCUUCGUGGCCUUCCGCAUCAGCACACUGGCCUGGAUGACCCGCUGGCUGGCGCUGAAUCGGACGCGGGUACCGCUGCCGUUGUACGCGGUCGGGACUGUAGGCCUGUUGGCCAUCAUGGUGAUGAACGCCGUGCUGUUCUACCGGCUGCUGCGCAGUGACUUCCUCCAGGCUGGCCGAGAAGGAACGAGGAAGGAGAAAUGAAGAGACCACUCAGGUGUUUUGAUUCCCCUCCAGACAAAGCCUCAUCCAAACACAUUACAAUACACUGCCUACCUUCUAAAAUAUAUUGUAUAUUGUAUGUUUUCAUACAGUAUAAACCUCAAAAAUUAGGCUUAAAUAUACAGUUCAGUUUAUAGAUCCAUUACUGUACUUUUACUAAUGUAUAUGUUUGUACAGUCUUUAAUGGAAUUAUAUUACAGUAAAUGUAUACUUUAUAUUCAAAGAACAUAAAUGCUGUAUGUGAGUUCACUUUUGGCAUCCAUAUACUCUAGUAUGUAACAGCCACCUCUUCAGAGAAAUGUAUGUGAAGUUACUGUAAUAGGAAUACCAGCCCUUAGUAAACACCAAAGAGCUGAUGCAGCCUACAUUUGAACCACCCAUUAUUACUUAUACUGAUAUCAGACACUUGCAACCCUGCAACCCAUCAAAUGGACAUGGGUUAUUUGAAAAAUGCUCAACUUGCAGUAGUUUAUAUUUAACAAGAGCCUAUAUCUGGGCUCUGGUGGCAUAAGGGAUACAGUCAUCAAGUUGAAGGUUCACAUGCUCACAUGGAUCUUAGUUAGUUUAUUGUAGCUGCUACCCAGAAUGCUGUCUCACAGUGUGUCUCACUCAGUGGUGUAGUGGUAAAAUAAGAGGUGGGUAAACUAGGAAUUCUGUGAUCAAAAUAAAAAACAAAAAGGCAUUCAGAACAUGUUUGAUAAUGAGCCUCCACUAUAUCCCUGGUCUCACUUUGUGACUUGAUUUGACUGUGGACAUUUGUUGUGGAAACUUUGUUGAAAACUGUUUUGUCCUA